UAAACCCUUCGCAGACUCGGACGAGGACAUGAUCGUCGUCUGAUCGUCGAACCCAUCCAGAAAAAACGUCACCUAAUCAACCGUUCACCGUUCACCUGCUUCAGCUCCGCCCACAGCCAUGCUACGCUCCGCCCCCUCCUUCCUCCUCCUCCCCCUCUUCCUCGUCCUGACCCCGACAGCCUGCCAGGAGUUAGAGGUCAGAGGUCAAAGGUCACCCAGGGACACCAAACCGGAUGCUAUAAAGGUGCUGAUCUCCGAGGGCUGCGCCACCCAGGGCGACGACGCCGACCCCGCCCACGGAGGUAAAGAGAUCGACCUGAGUCCUGGUUCUCCUCUGGUCCUGACCCAUAAGAUCAGAGUGAUCCCGACCGGGUCUGGAUCUGGGUCCGGGUCUUGCGGCUGCGAGGCGGACUUCGCCGCCCUGAGGGAGCGUCUGGAGCGGUUGGAGAGGGAGGUGUCGUCGCUCAGGGAAUGUGGAGGAGCUGAGGGUGGAUGCUGCACCUCCAAGGAGAGCAAAGGUGCCGGAUGCUCCAUCAACGUUGGCGAAUGUCCCAACGAGUGCAGCGAUCAGGGCCGCUGCGUGGACGGGAAGUGCGUUUGCUUCGCUGGCUUCAGCGGACCGGACUGCAGCGAGUCCAACUGUCCCGGAAACUGCAACGACAACGGCUGCGUCAACGGACAGUGUGUGUGCGAUCCCGGCUUCACCGGACCCGACUGUUCGCAAACGGCCUGUCCCGACAACUGCAACGCCGGACGAUGCGUCAACGGUAGAUGCGUCUGCGACAGCGGUUUUACCGGACCGAGCUGCUCCGAACAAACUCCCGGGAACUGCAACGACAGGGGGCGCUGUGUGAACGGACAGUGUGUGUGUAAUCCUGGAUUCGCCGGUCCAGACUGCUCCAAGCGGUCCUGCCCCGACAACUGCAGCGACCGUGGACGAUGCGUCAACGGUAGAUGCGUCUGCGAUAGCGGUUUUACCGGACCGAGCUGCUCCGAACAAACCUGUCCCGGGAACUGCAACGACAGGGGGCGCUGCGUCAACGGACAGUGCGUUUGCGACGUCGGAUUCUCCGGUCUCGACUGCUCCGAGAUCUCCUGCCCUGGAAACUGCAACGGCCGGGGGCGCUGCGUUAACGGACAGUGCGUUUGCGAGGCGGGCUUCGCCGGACCGGACUGCGCCGCUAAAGGCUGCCCGAACAACUGCAGCAACAAGGGGCGGUGCGUCAAAGGGAGGUGUGUCUAGCGGGGCUUCACCGGACCGGACUGCAGCCAAUGUGAGGAGGAGACCGGAGCCAACUGUGACAUGGUGAUGUCUGGAGUUUCACAGUUAAAGACACAGGACGUAACGGAAACCUCUGUUACUCUGGUUUGGUCUCCACCACCGGUCCAGUACGACACCUACCACAUCACCUUCAGCAGCCAGAAGGAGGGCGAUCAGCUGAUCUCGGUGCAGGUGGAGGGGGGGCUGACCUCCUUCACUCAGACCGGACUGGCCGCCGGGCAGGAGUACGAGGUCCGAGUGAGCGGGGAGGUGGACGGACGGAGAGGAGCCCAGAGCACCGCCCACUUCAGCACCCUCAUCUCUGGUCCGGAGGAGUCAGGAAAUGAACGCGUCCCCACGCUUGACGAAAACUCCGCCCAGCAUCCAGCAGCUGGAGGGCGGGGCGUCGGUAUGAUGUCAUCCUUGGUGGCGGAAAAAGGGUCGAGUCAAAGCAAAACCCCGCGACGACGCGGCCACGCCCGCGACUCUUUACCAACCGUGCACGUCACGGCUGAACCAGAUGUUGGCAUCAGAAACCGAGGCUCAGAGUCAUCACCUGAGGAGGGAAACCCACCAGUGGAGGGAGGGGACGGGAGGGGGGCGGCCGCCGUGAUUGGACGACCUAAACCCGCAACGAGCGGCGGCGAUGGCGCCAGGCCCAACCUCAGUGAAAGGCCCGCAUUGUCCCGGAGGCCGACUAUACCCGGCUCGUUCCGCUUCAACACAAGCAGAGUUGUGUCUGGAGGGAGAAAAGUUGGCUCGGGCCCUUUGAGAAAGGCACCGAUAGUACCCAAAAAACCAAAACCAGGUGUCUCCGUCCCAGCGGACAGCGCAGAGCCCAGUGUGGACGCUUCAAACACUGACAGGACCCAUGAAAAAAACGCAGCUGUAAUAUUUGGGUCAGAUUCAGGAACAAACAGGCAAAGUGGCUCCGAGGAGGAACCAACUGCGGAAUCCAAAGAGCAACCAGAUGUUGGCAGGGGAAGCGACACUGAUCCGACGUCUUCAGAGCCAAUCGGAGCCGGUGAAAGCCACAAGACGACAUGUAUGAACAAAAUUAAAGUGACACACAUCAGAUUACCCCAUAAGGACAGAGGCGGCGGCUGCAAAGAGGACGGAACGGUGCUGGUUGGAAAGAAAACAGGUUCACACAGAGGUUCAGGAGAUGAGACUCUGGAAAACCAGGAUCCCAAACUGUCGUCAACGGAGACGGGACUCGAAACCGCAGACUCGGAUCCUUUACAUAAGCUCCUGGAGAACACUUUCAAAAGUAUGAACAUCACAACGUUUUCCGUCCACCUGUCCAAACCGUCCAACCUGUCGGUGGACGCAGACCGGGUGACCAAGCAGAUCUUAGGCGGAAUGACGCCUUCGGACACCUCGUCAUCAAGUGUUCCCUCAUCACCUUUAUCAAUAUCCUUCUUCUCUGUACAGUCAUCUUCAGAGACAACACCUGAAUCACUGUCAACGCCAGGAUCAUCAUCUUCAGACUCGUCAUCAGCUGAUUCUUCUUCGUCAUCCUUACCUGUACCAUGGACAACACCAGGAUCAUCGUCACCUUCAGACAUGUCAGUACCAGAAGCUCCUUCGUCAUCGUUAUCUGUACAACCAGCUUCACGAAAAACAGCAGGAUCAUCAUCAUCAUCAUCAUCAUCACCUGAAGCUCCUUCACUGUCGUCCAGAUCUGAACAAUCAUCUUCACGGACUAUAGCAGGAUUGGGAUCUUCGUCACCUUCUGACACCUCAUCCUCAGCUGACUCCUCAUCAUCUAUAUCAGCAGCACAUUCGUCAACAUCUUUGCCAGCUUCUUCAUCAUCAUCAUCAUCAUCAUCGCUCCCAGGAUCAUCUUCUCCCACCUCGGAAAACUCUGACACAGUUGGAAGCUACGAACCACACAUUGAUAAAACCAUGAGGACCACUGACGUAGCACCGCUUGAAGAUCGAAAAGCACCGCCACCAAAGGAAGGUGGGGCACCUUUUUUCCGUCGCACACUUCCAAGAGGUGGACUUGUCCGCCGUCCACGCCCAAACCUGGGGUUCUUUCAAAACAAAACCCAUCAAAACUUUAGAGUUCCUCACCGUUCCCCAUCUUCUUUAAACCUCCCUCCCAGAAAAGAGCAAGAGAUGAGGCCCACGUCACCAAAUGAGUUAUCAUCUUCAUCAACUUCUUCAACUGAGGGAAAUGCAGGUCUGAGGAGUUCAAGUGGAAACAAUGAUGGUGCAACAACACCUGGUUCCUCUGGAGUUGACCAAAACCAGAAAACAAUGCUUACAGAAAGAGGGCGACUCCUAAUUCGUCGUCCAGUUCCUCAGAACGGUGGAUACUUACGUCAACUUCCUCCAAAAGUGGGAGCUUUUCUCAACCAAACUCGUCCAAACUCACGGGUGUUGGUGCAUCCUGCUUCACCCAUAAUUCCUGAAACUGAAACACAGGAUGUUAAGUCUUCCAAUGAGGCCCCAGCUUCUUCAUCACCUCCUACUGACAGUCAAUCACAUCCGGUCGAAGCUACGGGUCCGGUUGGAGACAAAACUGACGAUAGAACCUCGAUUCUAAUGUCUGCUGAAUCAAAUCAGACUAGAGCCAAUGGAGGUCCUCUCUUCCGUCGUCCAAAUUCUAAAGUUGGUUUUCCACGUCGUCCACACCCCUAUGCUGGAUCUUUCCUAAACCGAACCCGUGUAAACAUGAGACCUCCCGUACGUGAGCCUUUUCCAACCAGAAAACUAAACAUGACCAGUGGCAUCGAUGUCAGGAGGCCAACCAGCCAGUCAGGCAAGGAUGUCAACAUGGAUGUUAUUGAAGAUACAACUUCAGGAGACGUCCACAGACCUGCACAGGAAGUCCAAAUUAGGUCAGGAGAAGAUGACAACAUAGGGUUAAAGAUAAAUUCUAGGAUAGACGGUCAUGAAAGAACCAUCAGAACACAAGCUAACCAAUUAGAAGAUGGAGUUAAAAGGAGAAUCCAGUCAAACAAAAACAGGGACGAAGAAUCUUUUGUCACAGAACCUCAUUCUGAAGCCACAAUCCAUGAACUGAACAUCAACAGUGACAUUAGAAACCCAGAAGGACCAAAUAUAAACCCAGAUAGACCAAGUACUAAUGUAGACAGAACAAAUAUAGAUCCAGAUGAAUCCAUUACAUCUCCACACAGACCAAGGACAAAUCCAGAAAGAUCAAGUAUUGAUCUACACAGACCAAAUAUCGACCCAGAGAGGCCAAGUAGUAAUGUAGACCGACCAGGGGUAAAUCCAGAUGGAUCCGUUACAUCUCCAGACAGAAGUGUGAACCCAAACAGGUCAAUUAUCAGACAUAGUCCUACCUAUACUGGAGCCAGACCAUCAAAACCAGUCAAACCCCCAAAGAGGAGAACACCAGCACAAAGUCACACCCAGAUGAAGAACAACACUGACAGAGUCCAGGCGGGAGGUGAUAGAGUUGAUUCUACUUCAGAAAGGGAGUUGGACAGUAAAAGUAUACGGACAAGGAUCAGAGAUUCCAAACCUCUGACGGAAUCCGAUGUUUCAAGGAAACCGUUGGACAAUGUGGCCGUGACGAACCGGACGUCUGAUGGAUUUACAGUGGUAUGGGACGCACCAGAGGGGAAGUACAAGAACUUUGUUGUAACCGGGAAACAAAACAGAAAAGAUGAAGAUCCAAAGGUGAAGAAAGGGGAAGAAGAUCAGGAGGAAGACGAUGAAGGUGACAAGAACGAGCAUCAUCCGACUGAAGAGACAGAAAAUAUAAUCCCUGAAAACGGACGGAUCCAAAGUACGACCAUAAAACCUCCAACAGAAAGUGACAAACCCAUCAGAGAAGUUCUUCCAGGUUCGGCUCGCUUCUACCAGUUUGAGAACCUGCUCCCUAAGACCGAUUACACGGUGACUUUACUGGGGAAGGGUCCCGGCCUUCUGUCCAGGCUGCACAAGCUGGUCAUCAGCACAGGCCCGGAACCUCCGUCCAACAUCGUCUUCAGUCAAGUGACAGAAAACUCUGUGACGGUGUCGUGGACCAAACCCAAGAGUCCUGUCAGUGGUUUUAAAGUCACCUACACCCACUCAGAGGACGGUGAACCGGUGUCGGUGUCUCUGGACUCUAAGGACUCCUCCGUCAGCCUAUCACAGCUCUCCCCCGGUUCGUCUUAUGAGGUCAGCAUCCUGUCCAUCCUCGGAUUGGACGAGAGCGACCCCAUCAAAGACCUGGUCAUGACCCUCCCGGACCCUCCCACGGAUCUUCGUGCCAUAAACGUCUCCGACACCAAGGCCUUACUGUUGUGGCGUCCGGCCCUGGCCACCGUCGAUAAAUACGCCAUCGUCUACGGUUCAGGAACAGGUUCAGAGCUGAGGAUCACCGUGUCUGGAAACGCAGCAGAGCAGCAGCUGAGCGGACUGGAACCGUCCACCACCUACAGCGUGACCAUCAGCAGCGUCCUGGGGGCUUUGGAGAGUUCAGCGUCCAGCAGCAGCUUCACCACCAGCGGUGGUGGUAGAGAAGGACCCCGUGACCUCCAGGCCACCAACGUGACGCCUCGCACGGCGCUGUUGUCAUGGAAACCACCAUCAACGCCCUUCAGGAGCUACAGGCUGACGUACCAGACGGAGGGAGAAGAGGUGAAGGAAGUGAGCGUCGACUCCACGGUGACGGAGUUCAGUCUGUCCAGACUUCAUCCUGGAUCUGUGUACCGAGUUCAGCUGGAGGUGGUGGGAGGAGGACGCUCCAGGGAGCCCGUCUCCACUGAGUUCACCACCGGGACCCUGCGCUUCCCCUUCCCCUCCGACUGUUCCCAGGAGCUGCUCAACGGCAUCAGGACGUCCGGCGUCGUCGACAUCUUCCCUCAGGGCAAACGUGGCGGAGUGAUGACGGUCUACUGUGACAUGGACACGGACGGCGGAGGAUGGACGGUUUUCCAGAGGAGGAAGGACGGCUCGGUGGAUUUCUUCAGAGGAUGGAACGACUACGUCAGAGGGUUCGGCGAUCCCAGCGGAGAGUUCUGGCUCGGUCUAGACGGGCUCCAUAACCUGACCCGGAUGACCCCCAUGACCCUGAGAGUCGACCUGCGAGACGGAGACGACGCAGCCUUCGCCAAAUACUCCACGUUCGAGGUGGCCAAGAGGAACUACCGCCUGACAGUGGGCGGGUACAGCGGCACGGCAGGUGACUCCCUCAGUUACCAUAACAACCGUAUCUUCACCACCAAAGACCGGGACCCUGCGUCGUUCAUCACCCGCUGUGCCAUGUCCUACAGGGGGGGCUGGUGGUACAAGAACUGCCACGAAGCCAACCUCAACGGCCUCUACGGCAUCGACCUCAAACACCAGGGUCUGAUCUGGACUUCGUGGAAGGGGAAGGAGGUGUCGGUCCAGUUCACCGAGAUGAAGAUGAGACCCACAGCCUUCAGACUAGGAUGAACUACACACUCAACACACACACUAAUACACACACACUAAUACACACUAAUACACAUGGACACACACAAAUACACACAGACUCACAAAUACACACAGACUCACAAACAAAUACACACACACAC